AUGCUUUCUUCCAAGCUCACUUUGAACAACAUCUCUGAGGAGGAGAUCAAGGGCAAGAGAGUCCUCAUGCGCGUUGACUUCAACGUCCCCAUCAAGGAGGGUCGUGUUGCUGACAAGACCCGUAUUGUCAAGACCAUCCCCACCAUCAAGCGUGUCAUGGAAAUGGGUGCCCAGAGCAUCGUCCUUAUGAGUCAUUUGGGCAGGCCCCAAGGUCAGAGGAAGGAGGAGUUCUCUCUCGCCCCUGUUGUCCCUGUUCUUGCCGGUCUAUUGGAGCACGAGCGGGGCGAGACUCGCUGGGAGAUAUCUAUGAUAAUUCGCGGUCCUACAGGAGAACAGUUAUAA